AUGACUACUCGUGGGCCAUUGCUGCACACACGCUGGCUUAGAUUCGUGAGCAGAAAUUUUCACCGCCUGUUCUCACUGAGGUGUGCCGGCGAAACAAACCCAUCGCAAGUUGCGGCUGAAGAAGGCAUGGGAAACCAGGACGAUCUGUUCGAGUACACUUCAGGGAGAUGGAUAUACAAUGAACCUCGUCGCCUUGCCGAACGCCACCUAGUGUUCAAUGUUGAUGAAUUGAAGAAAGCUGCCGCAACUGCUGUCGGUAGGCCAGUUUCAGAGAUAAGAAGCAUCCGAAAACUGGCUGAAGGGGGUUUCAACCGUGUCUUUGACAUCUCAAUGAAAGAUGGCUCAUCUCUACUUGCCCGACUUCCAUAUCCGUCGACGAUGCCCCGAUGCCUUGCAGUAGCUAGUGAGGUCGCAACAUUAGCCUUUGUUCGUGCUUGUGGCAUUCCUGCCCCUCGUGUCCUAGGGUAUUCGGCGCAUGAUAACCCUGUCGGCGUCGAGUACGUCUACUUCAUUCCACCACAACUCCCCAAAGAUCUUGGUUCCAUGGAUGCAGAUGAGCAUACUAUAGCAUGCGAGCAGUUCCGCCGCCGUCAUGUGCACUUCUUUUAUCUGGGGUUCACGCAGAAACUGAAUGAGCCUCAUUCAGAGGCCCUUGCACAGGAAUUUGGUCUCCUAAGACGCCGGAUAUUUGACAAUGCAGGCAGUCCGUGGGAAGGCCUCAACACCCCAUUGCAAGUGGAUAUCGCGCAGGUGUUGCAGAAUUGGUCAAAGAUUGCUGCUAUCUGUUCAGAUGGAAGCCUUCCUGCACGUCCUGUUGUAAUUAGCGAGCAGGAUGCGCAGAAGAGGGCAGCACUGGAUGAUUCACUGCGGGAUGUGGACACUGAACUGGAACAGAUCAAUGGGUUCCUUGGUGUUGGGUCUGAUGGAUGGACAUCAAAUGAAUUGUUUGAACAAGCAAAAGAGAGAGCACGGUCAAUCAAGGCGGAGGGGCUUGCCGCAGUCGAUGAUGACCCAUAG